AUGAGCUCUUCCUUCAAGCGAGCCCCCCUGCUCGGCUCCCUGCUGAAGCGCCGCGGCCCCGGCAGCGCGCCGGCCCCUCCGCACCAGCAGCAGCUGCUGCCCACCUCGUCGGCGUGCGCCUUGCCGCCCAAGCAGGAGGCCCCCGCGUGCCCCUUCCACCCGCCCCACGCGCUCGCCGCCCUGCCCGGCCCGACCAAGUGGCCCCUGGUGGGCAGCCUCUUCAACAUCCUCUGGAAAGGCGGCCUCAAGAAGCAGCACCAGACGCUGGUUGAUUAUCACCACAAGUUUGGCAAGAUCUUCCGCAUGAAACUGGGCGCCUUUGACUCCGUGCACAUCGGUGCCCCCUGCUUGCUCGAGGCCCUCUAUAGGAAAGAAAGCACCUAUCCCCAACGCCUGGAGAUCAAGCCCUGGAAGGCUUACCGUGACUAUCGGGACGAGGGCUACGGACUGCUCAUCUUAGAAGGGCAAGACUGGCAGAGAGUAAGAAGCGCAUUUCAGAAGAAAUUAAUGAAGCCCACAGAGAUUGUGAAGCUGGAUUCCAAAAUCAAUGAGGUCUUAGCAGAUUUCAUGAAUCGAAUGGACACUCUUUGUAACAAGAAUGGAGAAAUAGAAGAUCUGUAUUCUGAACUCAACAAAUGGUCAUUUGAAAGUAUCGGUUUGGUACUGUAUGAGAAGAGGUUUGGACUCCUGCAGCAGGAUGUGGGAGAUGAAGGCUUGAGCUUUAUCAACGCUAUCAAGACGAUGAUGAGUACAUUUGGGAUGAUGAUGGUGACUCCAGUUGAGCUGCACAAGAGUCUAAACACGAAAAUUUGGCAGGCUCACACGAAGGCAUGGGACCAUAUCUUCGAAACAGCAAAACGUUCCAUCAACAACAGGCUGAACAAACACUCUGCCAACCCCAGUGAAGAUUUCCUUUGUGAUAUUUAUUUUGGGAGCAAACUUUCAAAGAAAGAAUUGUACGCUGCCAUCACAGAAUUCCAGAUUGCAGGAGUGGAGGCGACUGCGAACAGUUUGCUGUGGGCACUCUACAAUAUCUCCCGCAACCCACAAGUUCAGGCAAAGCUGCUCGAAGAAAUUCAAGGUGUGCUUGUGGCUGGAGAAUGCCCAAGUGCUAAACACCUGAAGAAAAUGCCCUAUUUAAAGGCCUGCCUGAAAGAAUCUAUGAGGCUAACCCCCUCUGUACCAUUUACCAGUCGGACGCUUGACAAAGAAACAGUCCUUGGAGACUAUGCACUUCCUAAAGGGACAGUAUUGAUGAUCAAUAGCCAUAUCCUGGGGUGCGAUGAAGACAACUUCAGUGAUUGGACACAGUUUAAGCCAGAACGGUGGCUGCAGAAGAGCAUAAACCCUUUCACGCACAUUCCUUUUGGCAUUGGGAAGCGGAUGUGUAUCGGACGCCGCUUGGCAGAACUGCAGCUCCAAUUGGCUCUUUUCUGGGUUGUCCGGAAGUACCACAUUAUUGCAACCGAUGACAAGCCAGUAGAAACCCUGCACUCAGGACUCCUUAUCCCCAACCGUGAAAUCCCCGUUGCGUUCAGAAUACGAUCAGGUAUGAUUUAAAGGAAACAGUAGUCUGUUGGCUGGUUGUCUUUUCUGAAGAUGACACCUGUGGAUGACUGGAGUCCCAACUCUUGCUACCUCAUGAGGAAAUUACAGUCUACAGGCAUACUUUGGGCAGUGUGCUGACGGCAGGGAGAAAAUAAGGACCAGCCAAAAUUAGUUUUGCUCAUGCAUAGAGAAGAAAAUCCAUCAGAUGGCUGGAAGCUCACCUGAGCAAUCCUUUGCACACUAAAGUGAAAUCUGAGGGUAGACUGCCCACUUAAUGUAUUUUUUGAAAUAGAAUAGUAGAAGCUGGCGGAUAGUGGAUCUCUUCAAGUAGACCUGACAGAAAUCCUUUACUGUUCAGAUGCCAACAUGAAAUCCACUAAUUUCUGCUGAGUUACUUUUCUGGGAGGCACCUUCCCAGGAAUGGCUGCCGUGACUCUGUCAGCUAAGUCUUCUCAGGGAUGAGAAUGUGGGAGGAGAAUCGUUUUUUUCCUCUACCAAAAUUCUCGACAUAUUGUGCAGUUUCUGAUAAUUUUAACUGGCUGCGUAGCUGCAAGGCCAGCUUGUUCUGAUUUGUCUUUUUAAAAAGCUGGUCAAAGAAGCAUCGCAAGAGAGUUGUACUGUUUCGAUUAUUAUGGAGUGGAGGAAAACAGCAACAUUUCCACAAUCUCAGUAGAGCCUUGUUAUCCUCCCCCCAUAACUGCCUGGGGGUGUACAAGCAGCACAAAUGGCCACUGUGGGGAGUGGCAGGUGGGGAGUGCAGACCUUCUAGAAUCCCCACCCAGCCCAUUCAAUUUGCACAGUGCUCUUGAGAACUAGUAACUUCACUGAAUCUAAAGAAAGAAUAAGUUGCAUAAAUAGAGCUCCACUGAGCCUGUGCGAAUACUCAAGUGCCAUAGCUGCAAAAAGGCCGAAUUAUACCCUGUGGUUUUUUUCUUCUUCUACAAAUACACAUCUGUAUUUCAUUGCCUCUAAGUGUCCGUCCAGGGAAUCACUAAGACACUACAACUAGGCCUGCACAUCUUGUAACCCUCCAUGUGUAACAUAACUCACCACUCUUGCUUAGUAGUAGCUGGCCAGUGUCUACAUAAGCCCUUUUCUGGAAGCACCACACAGCUAAAUAUAUGGCUGGUGUCCUGCACUGAGUUUGGUGCAUUAUACAUUGUGCAGUCUUCAUCUCUGGCAGCUCAGCAUGCCGUAAAAUAGGAGUAACAUGGCUUACCAGUGUCACCCCCCCCUCCCCAAUUCCUUUAUACUAAAGAUGUGUCUUCCUUUCUUAAAAUUUUACAUAAAUGUGUCUCUCUUUGUACAUUUUUAUAUUUAGAUUUUUAAAAAUCUGUUUUCUUUGGGAAACUGUUGACAGUUGAUCAUUGUCUUUACAUGCCAAAAAUACAAUUUGAAUUUCUUUUAAUGAUACUAAUUGUUUUUGUUUUUAAGACUGAAGACUUUUGUAAUAAAGAGAAUUCUUUUUUUUA